AAUGUGAACAAAUCUGUACGGUACCGAUUGGAUUUAUUUGACUACAUGUGAAGGUAGACUCUCUUUACACACCGGCAACUGUGAAGGUGGGCCCUCUGAGACACCCUAAGUUGAUUGACAUUAUCUGUUGGCUGCGUUUCUUCUCCACAAUCAACAAUUUGCUCUUUCAUCAGUAGUCUCUUUGUGUUUGUGUUUGUGUUAUCAAUCAAAAAGAGUUCCUAUUCUUGAUUUUCAAAAAACCCAAAAAAAAAAAAAACAAAAAUCCCAUUUCCAAAGUAUGGCUUGGGCUCUUGUUUCUACCAUCGUGGACCAGCUUGGUUCACUCAUUGCUUCAGAGUUCACUGGCCAGCUUUGUUCGCUUUUUGCUUCAGAGGUUGCGUCGAUUGUAAAUGUCAAGGAAGAAGUCAAAAAGCUUGAACGCAAAUUCCACGAGAUCCAGGCAAAGCUCAACGAUGCAGAGGAAAGGCAAGUGAAGGAGAAAGCUGUGAAGCUUUGGUUAGAAAAGCUCAACGACGUAUCCUACGAGAUGGACGACGUGUUGGAUGAGUGGAACACUGCUAAGAUCAAAGCAGAUAUUGAGAAAGAAGAAGAAGCUGAAACUAGUACUGCUAAGAGGAGGAAGGUAUUGUCCCUAACCAACUUGAAUUCCUCAGUUUCUACUGUUUCUCAGCAUCGUGAUAUUGCUCUUAAGAUAAAGAAAAUUACUGAAAAGUUAGAUGAGAUUCACAGAGAGGGAGAUAUGUACCAGUUUGUACUGACUAGUGGCAAUGAAGAAGUUGUGAGACCACCAACUGAUUCCCACGUUGAUGUUUCGAACAUUCUAGGUCGUGAUAAGGUUAAGGGUGAUCUAGUGAACAUGCUAUUGGGCAGGGGUAAUGAAGAAGAAAGAAGCCCACAUGUCAUCUCUUUAGUGGGCAUGGGCGGUGUUGGAAAAACCACUCUUGCUCAACUAGCCUAUAAUGAUAGUGAGUUGAAUUCGGCCCAUUUUGAGAAAAAAGGGUGGGUUUGUGUUUCUGAUCCUUUCGAUAAGUUUAUGGUUGCCAAAGCAAUCAUUCAAGCUUUUGGAGGUGAUGUCUCCAACAUUACUCAAUGGUCAAGUCUAAUGGAUAAAAUGUGUGAAACGAUUCAGGGAAGGAAGCUUUUUCUUGUCUUUGAUGAUGUGUGGACUGAAGACUCUAUGUUGUGGGAGCCAUUCAGGCUUGCACUCCAAAAUGUUGCCCAAGGCAGUAGAAUUCUAGUCACUACACGUAAAAGUGAAGUUGCAGAUGUUAUGGGAAGUGCAAAAAGGAUCAAUUUGGAGGAAUUGUCUAAUAAUGACUGCUGGUCGAUUUUUAGUACAAUAGCAUUUUUUGGCAGGGAUUUUGAGCAACAUAAGGAUUUAGAAGAGAUUGGUAGGAAAAUAUCAGACAAGUGCAAAGGCUUGCCCCUUGCUGCAAGGACUCUAGGGAGUCUCAUGCGCUGCAAGAGUCACAAGGAACAGUGGGAGAUGGUUUUUUGUAGUAGAUUGUGGGAAUUACAAGACGUUGAAAGAGGUCUUUUUGCACCAUUGUUACUGAGUUAUUAUGAUUUGCCCUCACCACUGAGACGGUGUUUCUCAUAUUGUGCUGUCUUUCCAAAAGAUUAUGUCUUUUCUGAAGAAGAUUUGGUAUCUAUGUGGAUGGCACAAGGUUAUAUUAAGUCAAAUGCAAACAUGGAGAGAAUUGUGGCAAGAGAAUACUUAGAAAUUUUACUCAUUCGCUCUCUGUUCCAAGAUUUUAGGGAUUAUGGAUAUAAAGAAAAUAUUAUGAGGUUCAAGAUGCAUGAUAUAGUGCAUGAUUUGGCACAAUUCAUGGCAAAAAAUGAAUGCAUCACAAUCAAUGGUUACGAAGAGUCCAGGCCAAAUCUUCAAAAUGCUCGACAUUUGUAUUUAGAAAUUCCACAAAAUGCUCAAAUUCCUGAGUCCAUCUACAGCACAAAAAAUCUACGCACCCUCAUUUUCGUUGGUCUUAGAGCUCAUAACUUGUCCAAGUUGUUCCAACAUUUUAAACGGUUACGGACAUUAACUUUGAGUUAUCAACGUGGGACAAAGGCAAUGAAACUUCCAGAUGCUAUAGGAAAUUUGUUACAUUUAAGAUAUCUCAAAAUAUGUUAUUACUCCGGAGGAGACAUAUUGCCUGAAACCAUCUGUAAUCUUUGCAAUCUACAAAUUUUGAAUAUUGCAAUUACUUUUGAAAAUGCGCUCAGGAAAUUACCUCAGGGGAUGAGUAAACUGAUUAACUUAAAACAUCUUAUUUUGAAUGAAGAUGAUAUUUGGAGCCUUAGGUUUAAGUUUCCAAGAGAGAUUGGGAGAUUGAGCUCUCUUAGAAAAUUAAGUUAUUUCUGUGUGGGUGGCAGGGAUGAUAGCCAAAGAUGUGAACUCGGAGAAUUAAAAUAUUUGAACCACCUUCAAGGAACUCUUAAAAUAUAUGGGCUGGGGAACGUGGUAGAUGUGUGUGAGGCCGAGAAUGCAGAGCUCAAAAAAAAGAUAGGCCUCUGUGAUUUGUAUUUGCGCUUUUCUGAAGAGAACGUAGAGAAUCAUGGAGGAAGAAUGGAGACUGAUGUAUCAGUUCUGAAUGCCUUAGAGCCACCUCCAGGCUUGGAGAACUUAGAAAUUGAUCGGUACCAGGGCACCACAAUGUUCCCUAAUUGGAUGAUGUCCCUAGCCAAAUUGAAAAGCCUUACUCUGUCUUCUGGCUUAAAUUUAGAGCGUUUACCUCCUUUGGGAAAGCUUCAGUUCCUUGAAUAUUUACUUAUAGGUAAGAUUCAGAUCCUUGAAUAUCAUCUUAUAGGUGCUACUGAUUUUCCAUUCAAAAAGGUGGGUGUUGAAUUUUUGGGAAUAGAAUCUGAAAACAAGAAAGACGGCAUAAUCAAAAUAUUCCCAAAUUUGAAAACUCUCCACUUUUAUUUUUUGCACAAGUGGGAAGAAUGGAUUGGGAUUGAAGGACAAGAAGAGGACGAUUGUAUUAUUAUAAUGCCCUGUCUUCAAAAGUUGGAAAUUUACGACUGCCCAAAGUUAAAGUCCUUGCCAGGCUUCCUUUUUAAAACUUCAUUGCAGGAGUUUGAGGUGCAUAGCAGUCCAAUUCUCAGCAAACGUUACCAAAUAGGGACAGGAGAGGACUACGCCAAGAUUUCCCAUAUCCCAAACAUCAUGAUUGAUUUUAUUGAAGUGCAAAGAGACAGUCAAGAGGUUAUUCUAUCAGAUGAUGAAGGAAGAGUCUGAUGAAGAGUUUGACCAAGAAGAGGAGUUUGAGGACGAAGAAGAGGGCCAAUGAUCUUUGCGUUUCUAGGUUCACAAAUUCUAGCUACAAGUAGAGAUUUAUCAAUGUUGAUUUGUGUGUGUGUUUGUGUCGCCAAAGUUCAUUUUCGGCUUGAUUAAGUGUUGCAAAAGCCUGAUCCAGUCAGGAGUGAAAUUCUGCCGCUUCCAACUUCGAUUUCAACACUUGUAGCACUUCACCUCACCAAUGUGAGAGUCAUCGCCAACUCUAGCACUGGGCCGGUGAUAAUUUCUUCAACUAUUUUGCAUGUGUGACUACAAGCAAGGUGUGGAGAAACAGUGAAGAAUGCUAAUAACGUGGGAGGCUGAGUUCUAAUAAGGAAAGAUCUUCUUUCCUUGACUUUUCUUCUCCAUGAUUUCAACAAUUGCAACUUUGUAGAAUAGUUUCAAUUGCUUUUAGGUGGAAGCUUUUAAUGCUCUGUUUUCUUGUCUCCUUUGUAAGUUCUAUAUAUAGCUUCUACAAUUAUGCAUGUAAGGCAUCUAAUAAGAAAGAAGUGAUAUAGCUAUUUAAUUAGAAGUGUAGGGAGAUAGCAAAUAAGUGUGAGGAAAUAAGUAGUGAUUGAAAUAGUGAAGAAUGGUGUGUGUAGCAAAGUGUGCGUAAUGUAUUAAGCAUCAAUAAAAAUUCUAUUUUAUUGAUUACUCCUUUGUGUAUUUUAUUCGAGUGUGGUGAAAUUUAUCACAAAGUAUUUGACAAAAUACUUUUCUUUUAAGUGUCAAAUUUAUUUUGACAAAGCUUCCACAGUGGCAAAUCUCUACAACCAGCCCAAUACAAAUAACAAUCCACAUAAUUACAUGAAAACGAUGAAAUUUAAGAUCAAUAGUUACAAAUAAUUUGUCAUGGAAUUGUCCACCCACAAAAAGUCCUAACAUUUAUAAUGGCACAUUUCUGAGUAAUCCAUAUUAUAUGGUGGAAGGUGAUAGGUGACAUCUAUAUUUCAACAAUUUUCAACUUAUGAAAAUUCUACCCUUAAGUUUUAGGGUUUGGAAUUUAGUUUGCUUAUUUUCAUGGUUAACCCUAUGUUUGGUUGGAGGGAGGUUGCUGGAAAUUCCAGCCUCCUUCUGGCCACCUCCCCUCUACUACCCGUCUACUCUCCCUCCAUCCAAACAUAGAAUUAGGGUACUGAUUUCAAAGAUUGGAUACAAAACAAUGUAGAUUUCUUGUCCUUGUGAUUUAGGACUUAGGAGUUUCCUACCACGGAAGAAGGGUAAGAGUGGGGUGUUAGCACUAGGAGUGGAGGGGAUUGACAUGG